UCUUUCAUUCUUGUUGGUCCACGCUUUCUCUUACGGUUGGUUCCAACUUCAGGCUCUUCAUUAGUAGAAAGUUCGACUUCACCUUCAGGCUCGUUUGUGUUGUGCUGCUCUUCUGUUUGUUGUUGUUCAUCGUUUCUCUGUUCAGGGUUUUGUUGUUCUGGAUCAAGUUCAGGUCCUUCCUGCUCUUGAACAACUUCAUGUUGGUCUGCCCCUUCACCAUGUAAAGUACAGACAAACUCAACUUCUGUAUCUUCUUGUACUACUUUCUUUAUUGACUUCUUGCCUCCCCUCUUUCUUCCACGUUUCAUCUCAAUUUACAUGCAUCAAAUUAUGAGUAGGAAAAAGUUUAACUCUAUACAAAACAAGAACCAAGAACAUAACAAGCACAAAACAAACACAUAACAAGCACAUAAAAAGCACAUAAAAUAAGGAUACGCUUCAGACAUAUAUGCCUUCACAAUCUGUUCUGACAUUAUCGGCUUCAUAAUUGUCAACUUCCAUGUCAAUAUUUGUAGGCAAUGGCCCAAAUUCAGCAUUUCCCUCUUGAAUAUCUUCUUUACUAUAUCUUCUUGAAGGACCUCUCAUGACAAUAUACCAAUUAGAAGACUCAUUUUCCCUUGAGUAAGAGACUUGCUUCGCUUGAGAAGCCAUUAUAUAUGGGUAACUUGUGAAAGAGGCUUGACUAUGAUUCAUGUUAACAAGUGUAAAACCAUCUUCAAUCUUCACUCCAUUACCCUUUACAGCCCAAUGACACCGGAACAGAGGAACAUAGAAGACAUUAUAGUCUAUCAGAAUGAUGUCAGUUUCUCUGCCGUAGUAGGAAACCCAAUCAACCACCUGUGCUGUAUCUUUCGCACUAGAACUACAAACUGCUGUAGCCUCAUAUCAACUGAUGGGGUGUGAAACAUCUGACCGUUAACUAUAUAGCCCGUAUAUCUUUCCUGAAGAAUGUGGACCAUAAGGACCAUAAGCUAGCCACUUGAGUGUUUCGUCAUGUUCUUUAGAAUCAAUAGGCACCUACAAAAGUUAAGACUAGUAAAACACCUAUAUCAUAUUACCAAAACAAGAUAACAAAUCAUGUACCUGUUGUUUUAGCCAUGAAGCAAAAUUCUUAGUAUGCAUACUCCAUAAGACUGAUGCAUCUCCUACAUCUGUCAUCUGAGUCUUGUAAAUACUGGAGAUGCUCACUGGACAGAGAAUGUACAUAUUAGAAAUAAAUAUCAAAAGGAGGACAGAAAAUAUAAAUAUAAAGAAUAGGAUUCUUACUCUACAAAAGGUUCGACGAGAGCAAAAUUUUGGAUGAUAGCAAGAUGUGCUAUUUUCUUCUCCAUUUCAGUGAGUGUAACUGAUGUGCCAGGUGAUAUUGGACGACCCUCUAUAAUAGAGUUGUUCUCAUAGUCCAUGUUUCUCUCUACUUUGCCUUGUACAUUUGUUGACUUCUUGAGAAAUUCACUGAAAAAAAUUCAUACAUUCCUCGGCAAGAUAAGACUCAGCAAUGCACCCUUCUGGUCUAGCAGGAUUUCUAACAAAGUCUUUGAGGACUUUCAUGUACCUGAAAAUGUGACUAUGUCGAUUAGCAAAAUAAAAUGGGUAUCAAAGAAACUUGGAGGAAAAUAUCUACAGCAGUCAUGAAGACAUUACCUCUCAAAUGGGUACAUCCAUCUAAAAUGGACAGGUCCACCAAGUCGGGCCUCCCUUCCUAGAUGCACAGUCAAAUGGACCCUGAUAUCAAAGAAACUUGGAGCUGGGAAAUAUCUUUCAAACAAGCAAAGCGUCUCUACAAUCUCCGCUUCCAUAACCAGAAACUGCUCUCUAUCAAUAACUCUCUGGCACAACAGAUUGAAGAACGCGCAUAACCUUGAAAUUGCUAGUCUUGGUCCUUUAGGUAACAACCCUUUAAGUGCAAUUGGAAGAAGUUGCUGCAUUAACACAUGAUAGUCAUGUGAUUUCAGCCUUGUGACUUUAUAGUCAUCUAACAAAACACCUCUAGAUAUGUUGGAACAAUAUCCAUCUGGCCCUUUGAAGUCAAAAAGUCUCCUGCAAAAUAUCUUCUUCUCUGUCUUAGACAAAAACCACGGUGCUGGAAGAAGAUAUGUUCGUUUUCCAUAGAUGCGAGGGUGAAAGUCCUGCCUUAUACCAAGAUCCUCAAUAUCUUUACGAGCCGGAAGACCAUCCUUGGAUUUCCCACAGCCACAUUUCUCUCUACAUGCAUAACAUCUAUAUAAUCAUAACAUAAACAAUACAUAAAAUCAAAUUUAGACAUAACAUAUUCAAAAUGGAAAACUAUAUUAGGUAGCAUGAAAGAGAUAUCUUACCGCCCAAUAAGGUAGCUUGAAAAAGAUAGAUAUUUUCUUCCAUCGAGAUAACUCAUCCUCAUCUAUUUCCACUUCUUCCUCUUCCUCCUCAUCUUCAUCUUCCGCUUGCUCUUCAUCUAAAUCGGUACAGACCAUCUUUUUUCUCUUACUCCUAGAAUGUUUAACAUUGCCAAAGUCAUUCUUGAAAUUUCUGAGGUUUUGAGAAAUUUCAAGGCCGGUUAAAAUUCUUCCCCUUCUCAUUUGCUCAGCUUUUGCAUCGAACCACUUCUUCUUUCCCCGAAAACUAUGAGCUGGUGGCAGACCUUUUUCUGUGGCACAUAUACACAUGUUUUCUGUUGUACUUAAGCCACAUACUGUCUGUGUUCUUCCCACAUAAAGGACACCCCAUUUUUCUCUUCACUUUGCAGCCUGCAAGAUUCCCAUAAGCUGGGAAAUCACUGAUCAUCCAAAGCAGCAUUGCCUUCAGUGUGAAAGUUGAUCGAGUAAAAGCGUCGUACACUAACUCUCCACUGCUCCAUAGAUGGUUUAGAUCUUCAAUGAGAGGCUCUAAGUAGACAUCUAUAAUGUUACCGGGCUGUUGUGGACCAGGAAUCAACAACGAAAGCAUUAUGUUCUCCUUCAUACAUAAAUCAGGUGGUAAGUUGUAGUUGACUAACAAUACCGGCCAGCAACUGUACAUAGAAUUCUUCGUAUUGAAUGGAUUAAAUUUGUCUAUUGAAAGUCCAAGCCUCAUGUUCCUUUCUUCAGCGGCAAAGAUAGGGUAUUUCGCAUUCAUCUGAUCCCAUGUGACUGAAUCAACAAGGUGUCAAAAUUUCCAAUCAGUGGUUUUGUUGCUGAAGUGCCACCUUAAAUCCUUAGCCAUUUCCUCAGACCGGAACAUUCUCUUCAACCUUGGGAUUAUUGGAAAGUAGCGUAAUACUUUCUGUGGGAUUCCUUUCUUGUUCUCACCAGUAUGGACAUUAGUCUUCCAUCUCGAUGCCAUGCAUUUUGGACAGUACUCAAUUUCUUCAACUUCUUUUUGUAUAAGCAGCAGUCAUUCACACAAGCAUGGAUCUUCUCGUAACCCAUAUCAAAUGAUUUCAAAAAUUUCUUAACCUUGUACAGUGAAGUGUGCAGCACAUUCUCCUCAGGUAAAAUUUCCGGCAACGUCUCUAGCAGUUCAUUGAAGCUCUUGUAAGACUAUCCAUUCUGAGUCUUCAAUCUAAAUAAUGACACUAUUGCAGAUAACUUGCUGUGGUUUGCACAUGUAGGAUACAAAGGUGUUUCAGCUUCAGCUAGCUUCGCCAAAAAAUCAUCUUCUUUCUUGUCCUCUCCCUCUUCUAUCUCAAAGACAUCCCCCGUACGAGCUAAAGCUUCAUCAGAACACUCAGCCGCUCUGUAUAACCCAAUGAUCUCAUCAUUCCAUUGACUUGCCAUGCUUUCAUCUGCAACCACUGAGCUCAACUCUCCAUGCAGAUACCAAUCAGUGCGCUUCUUAUAAGCCUCCUCCAUUCCCCUAGUAACAAAAUGAGCAACUACCACACUUCCGCAAUGACGAUCUAUGUUACGACAGUCAAUGCAAGGACAGACAAUCAUAUCAUUUCCCCCCGAAGCUGCAGCCACUUCGCGUACAAACUUAGUAGCUCCUCUCUCAUAAGCAGGAUCGACUCUUCGGUGACAUGAAACGAAAACAAAAAUUCACAAGUUCGGUGACUAAACACAUACUAAAACAUAACAUGUAUGAUAAAAUUCAUUACCUGCUCAGAUGAACCUAGUCUUUGUCCACCAUUCUAUGUUCUAAAACCUAAAUUGAAACUUUUAGUAACAUAGAGAACCAUUCAAAGUAACAAAUAAUAUAAUCAAUCAAACCUAAAUUGAAACCAUUAUUGCAUUACUGUAAAUCGAAAUCGAUAAAAUCAUGAAUCACAUUUAAUGUUGUUAAUAAUAGAAUAAAGGGAAUCUAAGCAAAGAACGUGGAGCAGGAACGCAAAUCAAACAGGAAAGAAAACAAAGAGGAAAUCAAAGCAACACAACAAAACAUCUCUACGAUUUGAGAUAACAAUCGAGAGAGAUGUCGCAAUUUCGACCUUCGAUACUUUCGCAAUCGACAACAAUGGAUGUGUCAAGCUUAAUUAUGGUUCUGGAUUAGCGGACUAGGGUUUUAGAGAUGGAGAUUGUGGUCGAUUUUUUUAGGGUUACUAGGGAAAGAUGGGAAAAUGAGAAGAAGAAAGGUCUUUCGUGAGUGGAGAGGGAAAAUAAUCAGAUUAGUCUUUUUUUUAACUAAGUGUGCCGCGGUAAAGCUAAUUUUCACUACAAGAAAUAUGUACAUUCUUAGCUCACGAAAAAUGCUAUAGUAGGCAGCCAUCAUAGGUACCCCCUCUACAAUAGUAUUUUUAUAAUGCUGUGAAAUGUGCAGAUACGAUAGCAAUAUUUGAAUGUUGUUAUUAAUUUUAAUUAUAGCACUAUUUUUUUUGUUACAAAUUGAUUGUGAUUCGUAUAUUCCUGCUAUAAUAGGUCUUUUGUACAAUUAACCACAAAUAAUUAUAAUUAAAAAUAAAUAAUUAAAAAUUAAACUGAAAAUUACUUUAUAAUUAAAAAUAAAAUAAAUUUUAUUUAUAAAUUUAAAUUGGUUUACAAAUAAAUUCUAGUUUACUAAACUAAACCAGAUAUUAAAAAAUAAAUUUAAACCACUAAAAUUUCCUAACUCUACACCAAACCAAAUCUAAACCAUAUUAAAACAAAACCUAAAAAAUUUUUUAACCCUAAUCAAACUGCCGCUUCUUCUUCUUACGCCUCCACAUACCGCCGCGUCUUCUUCCUCGGCUCAGACCUGCUCGCCGUCGUCACUGUCCUCUCCACAACAGAGCUCGGACCUGCUCGCUGUUGUCGUCUCCAAAAGAUCUUCCUCUCCUCCAUCUUCUUCCGCCAUCUCGCCGUCGUCGCGUCUUCUUCCCCUCCUUCCUUUGUAGAGGUGGAGAAUCCAUGUCCAUCUCUGCCUCCUCCGCCGUCAAGCUCAAACCGUAAAUCUUUCCAUACCAGAGCUUUUCUAAUUCGGUUUGCGAAUGACUCAGGGGCUGGUCACACCAGAGCUCCUCGUUGGCGUCGUCGUUGUUGAGAGAUGAUUGAGAGGGAAGCAAUGGAGAAGAAGGAUGUUAGAGUUGUUAAAGAUUUUUUUUUUGUCUGGUUAAUUAUGCUAUUACAAAUUAUAAGAACCAUUACAUAGACGAUAUUACAGCCGGCAAUUAUACCUGCCUUAUGAGGAUUCACGCCUGACUGCAUCACCCUGAGUAGCCCUAUGAGAUCCAUUCCUGACGGUACUCCUUGCGCCAUGCUGAAGAUUUUGUUUAAGCAUUUUCUAUAAUUUUAAUUCCCUUUCUCCGGAAAUUGAAACUCAGACCUCUUCCUGUAGAAAUUGUGUUGUCUGAGGUUUGAACUCUAAACCUGGGUGUAGCAGCCUUUAAACCUUGACCACUAGGCCACGGUGCUUCCACAAGUUGUUAAAGAUUUGAUACAUGAAAAAUUGAUUGUCGAAGAGACAAAGUUCUGGAGAGAAGAAGAUUGGAAGAAAAGAAGAAAAAGGAAUCUACAGAGGAAAUCUUGGGGAGAGAGAGAGAUACACACAAAAAUUGAAUCUGAACAGUUGAUUAUAAUUAAUUAAUGGUUAAAAAUGGCGAUCCUCACAUCACUAUCUUAACCAAUAGAAAAUUAGGAGAAUUUUUUUUCUUUUAUGUCUUCGACAAGAGUGUAUUAUUUAUUAUGUUUAGUUUAUUAAAGCUUUAAUAGUAUAUAGAAGGUAUGGUGAGUUUGUUUUAUGUAGGGUAUAUGAUCAAGACAAUGUUUGAGAAGUAUGGUUUUUUAUGUUUCAAAAUAGAGUUUAAUUAUAGAAUGAAGAUUUAAGGUCUGUGUUUUGAAAGUUAUAGAAUAAGAUUUAAAAGAUGAAAUUUUGAUUUUAGUUUUAAGAUUUGAGGUUAUAGUAUAAGAAGAUUAGAAAUUUAAAGUUUAUGUUUGAAUUUUAGAACUUAAAAAAAAAAUGUUUAGGAGUUUGUAGUGUUUGUAAUUUAUAUGUUAAGAUUUGGUGUUUAAGUUGAAAGUGUAGAUUUCAAUUUUUGGUACAGUACAUAGGGUUUAGAGUAUAUUUGUGGUUUGUGGAAUAAGUUUGGACUUUAGAUAUAGGGUUUGGAAUUUAAAAUUUUAAUUUAGGGGUUAUAAAUGUUAAAAUGAAUUAUUAAAUAUACAUGUAAAGAUUAAUUAUAAAAUUAAAGAAUUUUGGAAAUUACAAAUUGUGUUUAAAUAUCUAAAAAAGAGCUUACGAUUUGGUAUGUAAUUUAAGUUUAGAGUUAUAGUGUUUGAAAUAUAAUGUUAGAAAAUAGCUUUUCUUAGCGUUAGAAAAAUGCAAUUAUAUGUCUUUGAAAGUAUUAUGGAAGCCGCUUAAAUAACUUUUUUGGCGCUUAAGUAUAAUUUUCUGCUAAGUAUUGGUGGAAUGAGUGAUUUAUAUUCCCGCUCACUUAAUCUUGAAAAUAGCAUUAAUUAAGUGUUAUUUUAGGUUUCACUCUAUCAUAGCGUUUAUCGAAUGCUAUAAUAUAUUAUGGAAAUUUCAAACGCACCUACGAUAGCAGUUCAGUAAAAUUUGCUAUAACAAUGUGCUAUCAAUGUGAAUUUUUUUGUAGUGUUUAGGCUCCUGCUUAGUGAAACACUGCCAUGGCGUUUAAUUUACCCUAUUAUAUAAUAAGCAAAUUUUAGACUCAUCUAUGAUAGCAGUUCAGUAAAAUGUGAUAUAGUCAUGUGCUAUCAAUGAAGACUUUUUUUGUAGUGCGGCUUCGAUUGUGGUAUGGAAUGUUACAUCAAGACCAAAAAGGAAAGAUUUGUUUACUUGGAGAAUCACUCGACAAGAAACAAGACUGUUCUAAGCGAAGAACAAAGAGAUAAACUCAUGAACUUUAAAAGAAAAUCGAUUGAUCGAUUAUGAGAAAGAGUUUACAUAUUUAUACUACUUGUGGUCAAGGCAUGACAUAAUUAAAAACACUUAGAAAAUAACAAAGUUGAUUGAGAAUGUUGAAAAUCAGUCAAAUAAACUCUUCAGCUCAGAUCUGGUCAAGGUGACCCUUCGGCUGAUGUCUAGAUUAAUCCGGCCAAGAUGGUUCCGUCGCGGUAAGGGGCUGGACGAACAUGGGACAGUCUGGACAGUCUGCCGGGUGAUCGAGCAGUGCACUGAUGCGGCCUAAGUCUUCAGAUAGCUUGAUGAUUUGUGCGUUAGAGAAAUCUGAGUGAUAGAAAUCCAUCAGUGCGUCGGACAUGAGAGACAGUCCAUCAGUUCGGUCUUCAGGACACUUGGUACACACCAAACGGCCCAAGAGAGAGAAGUCGUGACCAUUUUGGGAAACCUCAUGAACCAAGUCAAGUCUGGCUCGGCUGUUGGCUUUAACUUGUCGGGAUGGUUGGGAAGGACAAGCUCUGGUACGGUUAGUUCAGACAUCUGGUCGUGGAUCUGGCCGAAGCUCCAUUCUGAAUGUAAGCGGGUCGAGACGGUACAUGGCUCGGACGUCCUGAUCGGCACUGUGGAUAGACGAACCUCAGCUAAGUCGUUCUGAAUGGUCAGACCAUUAGUCUUGUCCGGUUCCAUGUACUGAUCCAUGGACUGAGGCACAUCAGGAAGUCUACUUGUUUUCUUCUUUCACAGCAGUUGCAUGAGUAAACGAUUAUGGGUCGUCGUUUUUCGAAGCGUUUUCGGUCGAGUGAUUGGUUGUCUUCGUUUGCUUGGGUUUUACUAUUGAAGUAGUCAUGACUUGUCAAAGCUUUUGUUCAGCCAAGAAGCAGAGUCGCGACUGUUUUUGGCAUCCCAACAUUGUUGCGGUUCUGUUAGGAGUUGGGAACUUAAUACAAAGGUGAUAAGUCGAUGGGAUUGCCUUAAUGGAAUUUAUCUAUGGUUUUCCUAUGAUCACGUUAUAGAUGGUCGGAUGAUCUACUACUGCAAAGUCAACGAUAUUUGUGACUCUUUCGGCUAUGACUGGAAUCUUAAUCGACCCGAGAGUCAACGACGUUGUGCCUGAAAAAUUAAUUAGCGGUUUCAGCAUUGGUAUGACUUCGCCUAAGUUGACGUUCGUGCUUUGGAGGGUUCCGUGGAAGAUGACAUCGACACUGCUUCACGUGUCUACGAGGAUCCUGAAAACUUCGAGUCUUUGAUCAUGAGCUCAAUGACGAGUUGAUCACACUGAGGUUUGUCGAUUCCGAUGGUUUCGUUUUCCUUAACUGUGAUCGUGUCAUUCGGGACGUCGAUCGGCGGCGACCAAUUUGUGCUUGCGUCGGCCUUUAUCGGUGAUACAGUGUCAUGCCAAUAUUGCGAUCCUCCGAUGAUCAUUUUCACUCUUCGACAAUUGUUGUCAUUUCCUUUGUCAUCAGGUCUACUUCUGGAUUUCCAGUUCUUGCCCGACCGGUUCCCUUGAGAUUUUUCGGGUGGCAGGUCCACGUGUUUCCAGACAUUCUUCCAUGUUCCAUUGCAGAGUUGAUGGCAUAGUUAUGCACUCCUAGGACGUUCUCCCCCUCAUGAUGGACAUACUUGUCGCUACGAGAAGUUUUCUUUUAUAACUUUUGAUCCGUGUUGGAAAACUGCCCGAGUUAUCGCUGUUAAGUUUUUUAAACUGUUUGGCUAGAGAACUAGUUAGAUUGUCUCGUUCGUCUGACUUCUAUUCAAAAGUAGAGAACAUCUUCUUAAUUUUCUCGAACACCGCGGUGUUGGCGUUAGCGUUAACCUCAGAAAUAUUUGCUGCUGCCGUAGUUUAAACGUUGACGUCGUUGAUAUCGCCGUUACGAUCUGGUCGAUUAUUAUGAUCGUCUGUAGCCAUAUUUGACCAAACGUUUUGUGGCUGCGAGUUGGAUUGAUCUAUACCCUCCCUCAUUUUAAUGCCAACUUGUGGGAACAGUUUUUCUUGGAAAUGAUGUGUGGACGGGAAGUAGUGCCGACGGUGGUGGAUCCGCUGUGCUCGCUUGUAGAGUGUAAGGCGGUGCUGAGGUAGGACGUCGGAUAUCGACUCCGGUCUGACAAAGAUUUGAUGAAGCAUGACGGAACCGGUCCAAGAUUGGCUUUAUCCGGUGGAGGAGGAGAGGUAUGUAGAGGAGGAUGUGGACAAGCAGACGCGAGAGAGAGCCAAACAUAUACUGAAGUCCUGGGAUACUGGAUUUCGUCGAGGAGAAGCAAAGGACAGAUUAUGUUAGCGGUGAAGGAGCUACAAGUUUCGGAUGGGAAGGAUGCUACAGUGAAGAGGAGAAGCGACAAAGACAUGAGGAGACGGGGAGGAGCGAGGUCCUCACGCCCAAGACUGGCUUGAGGCAAUGGCAACGGUGGAGGCAAUGGAGGAUCUGGCGGAUAUAAUAGAUAAGCCAUUUUAAUUGUACAACAAUUAUAUUUAAAACUACUCUAAUGUACAGCCCAAUAUUAGUCUUGGCCUUAAAUUAUUCAGUUAUUAGAGUAUUUGUACUCCCUACACACAACUUCCCCCUUAUUUGCACUCCAUACCCUAUUUCCCUUCAAUUGUUUUCCCCCCAUCACUACCAAUUUCCCCCAAUUCAAUGUAUAAAUUAGAAAUAUUUAUUUUCAUGUUUUGAGGGUGUUUGUCUAUUUUAAUAUUUCAAAAGAUGAAUUUAGUAUAAGAAUAUAUUGUAUUUAUUUAAAAUUGAUGAUAAAGUAAGUUACAUGUAAAUCAUUUUAUACUAAUAAUGCUGACCUAGACAUAAGAAUAAUGUUUCAUAGACUCAUAUUGUAUAUAAUUUCAAAUUGUAAACAAUAUAUUUAAAAUGUUUACUAAAAUUAAAAUUAGACACAUAAAAAUCAAAUAACUUCCAUCUAAACAAAUCAUAAAUAUUAUCAAACGAUACCUGAGUUAUAUACAAUAUUAAUUUGAUCUAGUGAUAUGCUAGACUUUGGAAAGCUAAGCGACCCAUGUGCGAAACAAGUCCACGACAUUAUACAUGUGUACCCAGACGGAUAUAAAAUGAUGCUUUCACCCUUAUUUGUAUAUCUAAAAGAGAAAAUGACUAGACUAAUACAAAAAAGUGAGGUAAUGACUAGACUAAUACAAAUCUUUUGAAAAUAAUUAGAGUGUUUUUAGAACCCUAGUAAAUUACUGUUUAAGCCCUUUAUUAUUUUUUUUAGUUGUGAUUAAUUUUAAAUUUAAAAUCCACAUCAGAAGUAAUGAUACCACGUCACUUAACACGAAGGAAAAUCAAACGACGAUCAUUAACUUCUCCGAGACUGUUCUCACACUAAACCCUAACUGUUUUCGAAAUCGUGUUCACUACAACUCUUCUCGGCAGAGCGGCUUCUCUGAAAUAAUCUCCAUAAUCUUCUUCUCUAGUCUCCGUUUCUCUGAAAUCGUGUGUCCGUAAGCUUCUUCUUCAGAUUGGUUGUCUCCUCAAAUCUCCGUAAUCGUAUUCUCUGGUAUAUUUCGAGGUUUUGCUCUGAGUUUUUCGAGUAUUUGAGUGAGUAUAAUUAAUGCUGUGAGUUAGAUAUAUGUUUUGUCUGAGUUUGAGUUAGUAUUCGUUACGGCAGAUUUAGGAUCCUUAACGUCUGAUUUAUAGAAGGUAAUUGUGACUGAUUUAGUAUUCUUUGAGACUAAUUUAUUUAUGUAAUGAUGGCUGAGUUAUGUUUUGUGGCUUGUUUAUUUUAUGUCUUUCUUCUGAUUUAUCAUUGAUAUGUUAUAUAUGUCUUUUUUGAUCAGAUGGAUGUUUCCGAAGAUCUAGCAAGGGAUUACCCUCCAAGACUUUACCCUGAAGGGGCUUCUAUUUUUGAAAACAAAAGCAUUAAUACGAAUAGCCAUUUUUCUGAGAUCCCUCGACUUAGACAAGCAAUUGGAAUAGAUGUGUGGGAUAAUCUGAAGACGUAUCCUGUUGGAUUGAUUGCUAAAUUGGCUGAGAGCAAAUUGGUGUGGUCUGGUAAGACCGUACAUUAUCUACUUUGUAGACAGCUGCGAGUCUAUAAGAAGGAGAUUUGGUCUCUCGUUGUUGAUCAACCUCUCAGGUUUAGCUUAAUAGAAUUUGGUGAGAUCACGGGUUUAAACACAAAUCCACUGCCAGAAGAAAGUUUUGAACCUGAUCCAGAGAAUUACAAAGCGUUGUGGGAAUUGUUGAAAGUGCCGCUUGGGUGGGGACCCAAGUUUGAUGAGCUUAUAGAAGCUUUAACGGAGUGUCCAUUCUGGAGUGCUGAUCAGCGGAAAUGGUAUGGGCUGUUGUUUCUUCAAGCCAUUGGACUUUAUGGCUUGCAUCAUAAUUGUAGAAUACCCUUUGAAAGUGCAAAAAGAGUAUUCGAUGAUGACGCCCUGAUGACUUAUCCUUGGGGUCGGACUGCCUAUGAAUUUCUUGUUGAUUCUAUCAAGUUGUUGCAUCCACAAGGAGGGUCGUACACCCUUAGCGGCUUCAAGGACGUGUUAUUGGUUUGGGCGUAUGAAUCUGUCACAGUGUUCGGAGAGCUUUAUGGCAGAAAAGUGAAUCCAGACGAAAUUCCUCUUUUGCGAUGGGGUGAAAGUCGUACUCGUGAAAGUCUUGCUACUACAAUAGCUAAGGAGAUGAAUGAUCAUGGAACGGUAAGGUUUAAAUCAGACAUAUGAAUCCUGUAAUGUAAUGUCUGAGUUAUUGGAUUAUUUUAUGGUUGAGUUGUUAAUUUUAAUGACUGAUUUAUGUUUUUGUGUUGUAGGUGUGUGUGAGGAAAAUGGUGAUGAAGGAGGGUCUAGAAGAGCUGUUUCCUCAGUGGAAGGAUGAAGCAGAUGACCCACAACUUGAUAACCUAAUUAAAGAUAUACAUGCAGAUAGGUUUGUUAGAGAUUUUUAUGUGCAAUCGAAUGAGAAGAACAAAAAAACGAAGGCUGGAGUUUCGUCAGAGGCUGAGCCACCCUCAAAGAAGCAGAAGAAAGGUAAGAAACAGAAGGAGGUGAAAAUCAAUGAGGGUGAAACUGCUGUUGUAGAGGAGAAGGAGAGUGCAAAAGAGAAGGGUCGUAGCGAAGCGGUUCUGCUGAACAUAGUUGCUCAUCUCGAGAAGUUGGACCGAAAAUUUGACUCGAGAUUAACAGAAUACGACACCAAGUUUGGAGAUUUUUCCCAAGGCCUUUUGGAUACCAUUGGAGAUACAGUGAAAACUACAGUUGAAGAGCGUUUGAGAGUUUUGGGGGUGUCCAAUAGUAGUCAACCUGAAGGUCAACACGUGAUGGUCUCAGAAGACAACCAACAGCCGGAGUCCAAUAGUGGUCAACCUGAUGGUCAAAACGUGAUGGUCUCAGAAGACAACCGACAGCCGGACUCCAAUAGUGGUCAACCUGCAUCUAAGACCCCUAUUGAUAAACAGUCCGAAGACAGCCAACCGCAAAAGACCCCUGAUAAAGGCCAAUCUUAGAAGAAUCUGGCAGAUGAUAUUGCUAAAGCUGAUGCGAAAGGUAUGGGAGCAAAGCUGAAUUCAAAGGUUGUCAGGGAUAAGGCUGCUGGGGUGAAAAAGAACUUGGAUUCGGCGUUUGGUAAUGCCGAUGCAACAAAUGCUGAUUUGGUCUCUGAUUCUCCUGGUAAGGAACCACCAUUCGGACGCGGUUGCAGGGGCUUAGGGAAAAGAAAUAACUUAGCGGCUGAUUUGGAGAGGAAUGAAGCUGAGUUAAAGAAGAAGCAGAAGCAAGAAGAAGCUGAGUUGAAGAGGAAAAAGAAGCAAGAAGAGGCUGAGUUAAAGAAGAAGCAGAAGAAAGAAGAGGCUGAGUUAAAGAAGAAAAAGAAGCAAGAAGAGGCUGAUUUAAAGAAGAAGAAGAAGCAAGAAGAGGCAGACUCAAAGAAGGAUAUUCCUGCUUCAAAAAGGACUCGCAGUGGUACAAUAAGAAUACCCAUUCCGACUAAGCAAAUUAAGAACACCAAGUAUUCAGACGAACUGUGGCCGGAAUCUGAUGUGGAGGAAGAUGAAAGGAAAAGGUGUGGAAGAAUAAAGGAGUAUCGGCUGAAAGCUGUUCAAUUAUCUCCAGAUGGGUCUCAAAUGAGUGCGGAAUUUGGUCCUUCUGUACCAUUUCCCCACAUCGGAGACAAUGUAACGACGUGCAUGAGAAAAAGGUUUUGAACCUUCACCUGCAAUAUAUGAUCCUCUAGGACCUGUUGAUCCGGUUAAAAGGGAUAAUCUUUUGCAACACCUAAAGCCACACGAGUAAGGACUUUUGCACCAUUUCGUUGAUUUUAGCUAAUAAAAACAUUUUGCAGAGACUGAGUUGUGUUAAAUUAUCAGGGAAAUUCCACAUGGAGAAGCUCACGAGGAUAUUGAGUUCUACAGAAUCCUCAUCACUCCAAGACCUUGGCCCAUCAAAGAAUAUGGAUGGCUGGUUCAAAAUGUAAGUAUGCAGCUGAGUUAUAUUUACUUUACGGCUAAGUUAUAAGUAUGGUACAGCUGAGUUAUAUAUUAUCUGUGUCGCAUAUUGCUUCGUAUAUUAGAGUCCUCAUUCAAAGGUCCAAACAAGAUCCCAGCCCAUUCUGGUCCAAGCGCGUUGCCUUUAUAGACUCUUGGUUCCUUGAAUCAUGGGUUCACGAUUAUAAGCAGUUCGAAGUCAAUCCGGAAACGGUCAAAUUCAAAGGAAGUGGUUACAAGGGGUUAGCAAACGGUUUGAUCCCCACAGACAUUCAGAAAAAGUUGCGGUGGUUUACAGAUGUAGAUCACUUGUACGGAGUGAUUAAUACUGGCGGCAAUCAUUGGGUGGCUUUUCACGCGGAUCUGCAUAAAACGAAGGUUGAUUGCUAUGAUUCAAUCGUUGGAGAGCAAACACUCGAAAGUGAUCUGAGAAUGCUAAAUUUCUUUGGGCCGCUUACUCGUAUGCUCCCUGCGAUUCUGAAUGCCCUUAUUCCUGAUGAUAUCCGAGUCCAUACCAAGAAAGAGUUUGUAUUCAGACGAAGAACAAAACGUAUUGUUCCACAAAACAACCUGAGAGGCGACUGUGGAGUGUAUUCAUUGAAGUUCGUCGAGUGUCUAGCGCUUGGUGUAGCUUUUGAUGGGAUAUCGGAUGAAAAUAUUCAAGGUCUGAGAAUGAAGAUGGCAGCAGAUAUCUUCAAUGAAGGAAGUUGUAGUAGUUUGGUAGGGUCGUUUGGCGAUGAAUGAAGAUGAGUUUUGUAUGACUUAUGGCUAGAUAUUUUGUACUUGACUUAAAGUUAUGAUUUGUUUAUCGUAACUCAGCCACCUUGUUUAAAUUACGCAGCCGUUACGUUAGAUAUAGCUCAGCCAAACCUCAAACCAUACCCUAAAAUAGGAAAAUAUUUAAUAAGUCAGCCGAUUCGUCUUCAUAAAACAGCCGUUUAGGUAGAUAUAGCUCAGCCAAACCUCAAACCAUACCCUAAGAUAGGAAAACAUUUAAUAAGUCAGCCGAUUCGUCUUCAUAAAGCAGCCGUUAAGGUAGAUAAAAGUCAGCCAUACCUCAAACCAUACCCUGAAUUAAAAUAAUUGACAUGUUUAUACUUAAAAAUGUUAUAACAUUCCCUAAUAAGUGAAUAUAUAAUCAACCGAACGUCUCUUAUUUAUUGAAUUAACGAGUUUAGAAUCGAUCAUGAUCUUGAGGUAUAUGUUGUCUUGCAGUUACUUAAAACCUUACAUGUAGAUAUAGAGUGUGAUCAUAAUACAACUCUCCUAAACUAUAUACAACACAUUUUAAGACUAAAUUUAUGUUAUUUGUUAUAUUUAUCACACCGUUAUUCCAAAUCCUAAACAUAAAAUCCCUAAAUAAACAAACCUAAACUCUAAAUACUAAACCCUAAACCCUAAAUCCCAAAUAUUAAAUCAGCCGUAAUAGGCUAUAUAACUCGGCCGCCACGUUUGUUAAAUGUUGUCGUUUGGCGGAAAAUAAGAUAAAUGAAUUUUGAAAAAUUUCAAUUCUCGCCGUUUCACGUUCUAUGUUUCUCUAUAUAUAGUGCCCUCUCUAAUACCCUUUCUUACGCCUUUAUCUCUCUAGAAAAAAAACUAAACAAUAUCUCUCUAUCUCCAUCAAAAGCCAUGCUGAUUGUUCCUGAAAAUUCAGAGAGGUUAGAGAACAGUGUUUUUGCGAUACUAAGCUCUGCAAAUCGUGAAAACCUCCCUGUUCUAUACCCUGGUCCGUGUGACUUGCUUGACACAACCAGCCCUACAUGGUUUAAAUUUUUGACUGAUCUCUCCCUGGUCAUCCCGACGAUUCUUGCAGAAGGAUGGGUUCAUGCAUGGCCGACAUACUGCGACAUUUCCGAUCAUUUUAAAGAACGCUGGUUUCUUCAACUCGCUGUAAGGCCCGACAUUUGUUCAUAUAUAUUAAUAUAUACCAUCGGUCUGUAAUCUUUGUAUUUUUUGUUUGCCGUAGCGGAUAAACACAUGGGAUCGAAGGCAUCAUUUGACAGUUUGGCGUAAUUUUAAUCUUGUGGCCAGAAGUCUAUUUCGUUGUCAGAUGCGCCAUUUGAGGUGGACUUGGUUGGAAGGAGGCGAGAAGCCAACUUGGAUGCUAACCAGCGUUUGGCUUGAUCUCUGCCACAUGUUUGAAGAGUCUGGUCCAGAUAAUUUUGGUUCCUGAAAGUCUUUUCGUGUCUGUAUUUUGAACUUCAUUAUUUCAGCCAUAACUUGUUUCAAUGAUUCAGCCGCAACUAGUUUGAAUGUAAUCUCUGCCACAUGUUUGAAGAGUCUGGUCCAGAUAAUUUUGGUUCCUGAAAGUCUUUUCGUGUCUGUAUUUUGAACUUCAUUAUUUCAGCCAUAACUUGUUUCAAUGAUUCAGCCGCAACUAGUUUGAAUGUAAUCUCGGCCACAUGUUUGAAGAGUCUGGUCCAGAUAAUUUUGGUUCCUGAAAGUCUUUUUGUGUCUGUAUUUUGAACUUCAUUAUUUCAGCCAUAACUUGUUUCAAUGAUUCAGCCGCAACUAGUUUGAAUGUAAUCUCGGCCACACAUUUUAUAUAAUUCAGCCAUAACUUGUUUCAAUAACUCAGCCGUAAUUAUAUUUUGAAACGCAUUAUUUCUGUUUGUGAAUGUUAUCUCGGCCACAUAUCUAAUAUAAAUAACUCAAUCAUCAUUGUAUUUAAAUAACCCAGCAUCGAUUUAAUUUUAAGAGGCGGUAUAUGGGAAGUUCCAUCAUUAUGCGCGUGGGAAAAUUUGGCUGCCAUGAUAAUAUCGAGACUCAUUAUUACGAGUUUUUAUAUAUAUGUUUCAUUUACAAUAUCGAGACACUGAUAUUAUAUUGUAUUUUAUAUAUUUAAUAGUAUUAUAUCUGUGAUGUCGUAUCUCUUCUUACAAAGUAAAACAAUUUUUAGUUUCCAAGGACUUUGAAAUCUAUUUUAACAAUGUCUUCCUCAUCCUUCACCUCAGGAAAUUAUUACAGACGACGUAGGAAUACGGAAAGAGGAACGCCGAAAGAGUGUUGGUGUGGUGCACCAUCUGACAUUUUUACAUCUGGAAGCGAAACAAAUCCAGGAAGAUUGUACUAUUGCUGUGCAAAAGGAUAUCAUAAGGUUAGUUCUGGUUCUUAUUUCCCAUGUUCGGAAACGUAAUACUUAGAUCUGGUUACAUUGGUGAAAACAGAGUCAUUUAUUCAAAUGGGCGGAUGAGUGCUUGGUGGAAGAGGUUGAAGAUAUUAAGGCAGUGAUAAAUGGCAUGAAUAGAGACAUCUCGGAGUUGCGAGUUAACGUUGCUCGGUUGGCGAAUGGAGUAAAGACAGAAUCUGAGAGAAAAGGAGGCGAAUGUUUGAGUGAGAGUCGGUGUUUGAGGAAUGUGGUUGUUUGUGUGGCUGGAAUGGCGAUACUUUGCUACUACUACUUCUCUGUUUAGUCAUGUUUUGUCAUCAUAAGUCAGCUUUCGCGUGUUAUGUAACUCAGCUUUUAUUAACUUUUAAGUUGUUUUAACUCAGUCGUAUGUAAACAAAACUAUGCGUUUAUUAAUAUAUAACUCAGCCGUUAAAUCAAAUUGAUAAAAGCGAGAAUGUUUUGUUACUUCUGGUAAAUGACAUAGAUAGCCUUUGGCUAGUUUUAUUUACUUUUAUGCUCAGAUAGUCUCAUCAACCAGUAACAUUGAUUGACCUAACAAUUAGAAAAAAAACAUUGUCGGAAACGGAGAAGGAACCGCAAGGAUACGAAAUCGCCGUCGACAUUGUGUUUACUUCCUCUUCCUAAAAAUAACGGUGAGAUCUCCGUUAUCGUUAUCGUUAUCGAUCGUUUGUAUCGUCUUCGCCGCAUUCAUAUCUACAAGUACGUCUUUUCGGUAGGAUGUCGCGACGUUAAAUAUUGAUUUGGGGUUUUGUUUCGAGUGAGUUAGGGCUAUGUUUCGAGUGAGUUAGGGUGUAGUUGUGAUUAGGUUAUUGUUGUGUUGUAGCUGAGUUAUUGUUAUGUUGUGGCAGAGUUAUUGUUAUGUUUCCCUGAGUUAUUGUUAUGUUUUCCCUGAGUUAUUGUUAUGUUGUGUCUGAGUUAUUUUAAUGUUGUGGCAGAGUUAUUGUUAUAUUCAUUGAGUUAUUGUUAUAUGUCGUGACUGAGUUAUUGUUUGUUUAUUUGUUCAGAUGGAUGUUUCUGAUGUUAAAUCACGGGGUUACCCUCCAAGACUUUAUCCUGUAGGGUCUUCUAACCUAGAAAAUAAAGACAUUAAUCACAAUUUCCGUUCACGAGAUUUACCUCAUAUUAUAGAAACACUAGGAGAAGAUGUAUGGAAAGCACUGGUGAACUCUCCCAUUGGAGUAGUUGCUAGGCUAGUUGAACGCCGAAGCGUGUGGUCUGGUAGAACAGUACACUAUCUACUAUGUAGACAGCUGCGAGUACAUAGGAAGGAGAUAUGGAGUCUGGUGGUUGAUGAGCCUAUCAGGUUUAGCUUGGUAGAAUUUGGUGAGAUAACUGGGUUAAACACUGGUCCAUUGCCAACAGAAAGUUUUGAACCUGAUCCUGAUAAAUACAAACCGUUUUGGGCGAAGCUGAAGGUGUCGCUUGGGAGGGGACCCACGUUGGAUGAACUGAAGAACUCAAUAGAGGUCUGCCCGAGUUGGACAUUUGAAGAGCGUAAAUGGCUAGGGCUAUUAGUUCUUCAACACAUGGUACUUUAUUGUUUGCAUCAAAAUUCUCGGGUGCCAUUUGAAAGUGCCAAAAGAGUGUUUGACGAUGAAGCCAUGAAGUCGUAUCCAUGGGGUCGGACUGCAUACGAAGUUCUCAUUGACUCUAUUAAAACGUUGGCUCCAGACAGGGGGUCAUACACAUUAAGCGGCCUAAAGGAUGCGUUAUUGAUUUGGGCGUAUGAAUCCAUCGUCUGCUUUGGCGAGUGUUUUGGGAGAGUGGUGAAUAAUGAAGACGUUCCACUUUUACGAUGGGGUGGAAAGCGUACUCGUGCAAAUUUCGAAAACUUGUUGUCUGCCGAGAUAAAACAACAUAGCCAGGUAAGGUGUAACGCUGCGUUUUGAUUUCUUAAAUGGCUGAUUUAUUAGACUUAAUGGCUGAGUGUUGUGUUUAUUUGGUGGCUGAGUUAUAUUAUGUCCUGGUGUUACAGGUGCGUGUUAGGAGAAUGGUUUCGAAGGAGUCAAUCGAAGAGUUUUUGCCUGAAUGGUCGUGUCAACCUGACGACCCACAACUCGUUAACUUGAUAACAGACAUACAUGCAGGUAGAUUUGUAAAAGGUUUUUGGGAAGUGCAUGGAAAUGCGGAGGGGAAGGGUAACGAGAAGAAGAAGAAAGCUGAGCCACCCAAUAAGAAGCAGAAUAAAGUUAAGACCAAUGAGGGUGAAGCUGCUGCAACGGGAAAGGGUUCAAGCGAAGAGGAAGGUAAUAAAGAUUCGGGGAACAACGCGAGUCUGAUGGCCAUUGCGAGUACUCUGGAUAAACUUUCCAGAAAAUUUGAUCUGAUGGACGCGCGAUUUAAAAAACCAUUGAUUGACCAGAAGUCGAUAGAUGACAUGGUGAAAGUUGCAGUGGAGGAGCGUCUGAAAGUUAUGGGGAUAGGAAAAAAUCCCAAAAACAAAGAAAACCUUUCAAACGUCGCCGCCGACCAACAACCUGAACCAUUGUCAUCACUGCAGCCUAAUACCCAGCAGAAGUCUGUCUGUAGUCCACUUUUAGCUGAAACCCCUGGAAAGGAUAUGGGACCUAGGAACAAUUUGUCCAACGAGCUUGAUAAGCAGAGAGGGAUGAAAAAAACUUUGGCUAAGGAGUUUGGAACACAUGCUGAAGAUGAGGGUGCUAAUGUUCUUGAUUUCCUAUAUGUUUCUCCUGCAAAGGCAACUAAGGCUGAAGACUUACGUCGCCGCUCCACGCGCAACCGUACUAUAAAGGAUGAGGAUGCAGAAGAUAAGAAAAAAGCUGUGCAAGCAGAGGCUGUGUUGAAGAAGAAGGAGAAAGCUGCCGCUAAGAGAAAAGCGGCUGCCUCAAUGAAGCAAAAACAGCCUGAGUUAAAGAAACCAAAACAGGCUGAGUUAAUGAAUGAAGAACAGGCUGAGUUAAAGAAUCAAGAACAGGCUGAGUUAAUGAAUGAAGAACUGGCUGAGUUAAAGAAUCAAAAAGCCGAUAAUGAGAAGAGAAAUAAUAUAACUACACCGCGUGCCAAUGUAAAAAUGCAAGGUUGA